CACCACGAAAUCUGCCAGCAAGGGCAUGGGACAGCAUGAGAUGGCCACCAUGGAGCUCCGAGUCAAGCGAUGACCAGAAGAAACAGCAGGAGUCUAGCUCCGCAAACUGGUCCUCCCACCCCACAUCAACAAACAACUCCAGCUCUCCUCUCGACUGGACUGCUUUCACCGAACCCAGAACAAUCUUCCCAACCCUUCUCUUGACUAGCGGUAUACUACUCGCAGUACGCUUCCACCGCCGCUACCUGCGCCGCUUCCCCGAUGCCCCCAGCAUCUCGCCUUCGUUUCUCCGCCGCCGAACGGUCUUCGGUAAAGUGACUAGCGUUGGCGAUGGCGACAAUUUCAGAAUAUUCCACACACCAGGUGGCCGACUCGCCGGAUGGGGCUGGUUACCAUGGAAAAAGGUCCCUACCGCAAAGAAGGAACUCAAAGAUAAUACCAUCCAUAUCCGUUUAGCUGGAAUAGACGCCCCCGAACUCGCACACUUCGGUCGGCCCGAGCAACCCUUCGCCCGCGACGCCCACGCCUGGCUCACAUCUUACCUACUUAACCGCCGCAUACGAGCCUUCAUCUGGCGACAAGACCAAUACCACCGCGUUGUGGGGAGUGUAUACGUACGGCGAGCGUUCGAUUUCCCACCAUUUCGUCGUCGCGAUGUCUCUUACGAGAUGUUGAAGCGCGGGCUGGCAACGGUGUACGAAGCUAAAGUAGGCGCGGAGUUCGGAGGUGAAGCCAUGGAAAAAAAGUAUCGUCGUGCAGAAUGGUGGGCGAAGAAAAGGUCUAAAGGUCUUUGGAAAGAUUAUCGUCGUAUUGGGUCAGACUGGGAAAGUCCUAGGGAUUACAAGAACCGCAUGGGAAUGGGCGAUACCUCGGAGAAUGGAGGGAAAUCGAAAUCUUGA